AUGAAGUCUUCUGCGCAGUUGUGCAUGGAAGCUAGAAACUAUAAUUUCAACGCGGCUGCUCCUCUGCGCCUGUACCUAGCUACAUGUGUACGGCUUGUGGAGGAAGCACAGGCAGCUGCGCAGGCAGAUGACGUUGCGCGAGCGUACAUGCUGUAUGUGCGGUACCUGGAUCUAUGCAUGCAUCAGCUGAGCGGGCACCGGGAGGUGCAACAGCCGGUUACGGACGCCGAGCGGCUGAGCCGUGAUGAAUACGAGCAGCUUCUGAGACUAGAGGUGCCUGCUGUGCUGCGACUGACCGAGGAGCUGAAGAGCGCUGUAGAUCUGCGCCACGAGCGCGGGCGGGCAUCGCUGGCGCGCAGCGUGGUUCCUGAGGCGGGUAGGGGUGAGCACAGCAGGCAGGAGGUGCAGCUGCCGCCGAGCUUCGAUGAGGAGCGCUUCAACCGGACUGUGCAGUGGUUUUUGGCUGCCGGGAGGAGCAUGUCGCUCCCGGUGUCAGCGGAGGAACCGGCCGUGCGCGAGGUUUUUUCCUAUCCCGAACUACCGAAACUCAGCAUGGCGGCGGAGAGCUGGGCGCCCUCUUGA